AUGUCGCCACCAGUCAUGGAAGGUAAAGAUCAGACUCCAAAAUUGAAAAGAAGUGGCAUUGUUUACAGAAUAGAGUGCGAGUGCGGUUUGUUCUAUGUAGGCCAAAUUCUUUUUAUUCUAAAACUUGGACCACAAUUUAAUUUUGUUAGUGACCUAAAUGUCAAUAUGAUUUUUAACCUCCUUAAGCCACUGGAGGCUGCCCUAGCUGUUAAUAAAAAAAUAGAAGUUGAUACCAGUAAAAAGAUUAGACAAACCUAUCUUCAAGUAAUUAAGAAAAAUAUUUUUAAUUCUAAGAAAAUUAGUUAUUUUGACAAAACCAUAAAUAAUCAUUUGAAUGAGACAAAAAUGUUCUUAAAAGAACAUAGAGAAAUUUUGGUUACCAGGGCCGACAAGGGUGGCGCCACCGUUGUUAUUAAUAAAACAGACUAUAUUAACAAGGUUGAGAGGGCACUCGGUGACAGUAUGUAUUACCAUCGGCUCGAUAGUCAAAAAAGAGCUAACCAUCUCACUCGUAUUAUCAAUUCUACAAAAAAACUGGUCGAUGUAUGGGAUAAUAGAGGUGUCUUUGAUACCGUUGAGAUUGACCGGCCUGAUGUCAAUCAACUGAGUGGUUGUAACUUGGCCAAAGCGUAUGGCCUUAUUAAGGUACACAAGCCUGGGCUCCCCGUGAGAAUCAUUGUUUCCGCUAUUGGUUCUCCAACCUAUACACUCGACAAAUGGUUUUCGAAAUUUUUCAAUAAGUUUUGCAAAAGAUCACCCAGUUCCUUAAAAAAUUCGUAUGAUCUAAAAUCAACGCUGAGGGAUCUCAUUGUUCCACAUAACUAUCUAUUGGUCUCUUUUGAUGUGGUUUCCCUUUACUCAAACCUCCCCUUCUCUCUCAUCAAAAAAAGUGUUGAGGAGAAGAUUGGGCGUAUUCUUGACAGCAUGCAUCUAGACAGAAAAGAAUUUCUUGAUGGUUUAGACUUCCUAAUCAACUCCAACUAUUUCACUUUCAACAAUCAUACGUACAAACAGACAUGUGGUACUCCCAUGGGUGGAUGUACAUCUCCUUGGAUUGCAGAAAUCGUUUUGGAGUCCCUGGAGAAAUCCGUGUUGCCGAGAUGUAGAGAUUCUUGCUUGAUGUAUAGGAGAUACGUGGAUGACUGUCUCUUGAUCAUCCAAUCGGACAGUGUUGACACUGUUUUGGGAAUUUUUAAUGAUUUCAACCCUUUCAUACAGUUCACGGUUGAACGUGAAGACAACGGCGUCAUUCCGUUUCUUGACGUCACCAUCACUCGUAUCGCAGAUUCCGUUUGUGAAAUAGAUUUAUAUAGUAAAGAUCAGACUCCAAAAUUGAAAAGAAGUGGCAUUGUUUACAGAAUAGAGUGCGAGUGCGGUUUGUUCUAUGUAGGCCAAAAGACAGGAUGCAUGGGUGGCGUUGCUCUUGACGAGUGUUGCUUGAUAGGUGUGCCACUUGAUGGCCACGUUUCUGUUGGUCCGUGUUUCCUUGUACAUACAUUGACCGUGGGUGCACCCUUAUGUGGUGACAAGACCUUAACACCAUAUUACUAUUUUUAA